AGUUCAUUCUAUAUAGAGGGGGUGCAAUUCAAUAUGUUAACAAGGGAACAUUAUUAACAAUUUAACAAUGCUAGUAAUCUUUAACAAGGUUAACAAUGCUUAACUGUGGAGUUCUCAACACUACACCAUACCUGUCUGUAAAUCACCAUGCUUGCCUUUGCUUUGCGAAUCUGUCAGAAGGAUUUCACUUGACUGUACUGUACUGUACUACUAGUAAAGCUUCAGGUGCUUACCGGUGUUUUCAUGUUAACAGUUUAUAUUCAUUUUAUCCAAUCAGAAUACAACGUGGCUGUGUUUGUGACCAAUCAGAUGACUGCAGACCCUGGUGCUGGGAUGAGUUUCCAGGCGGAUCCCAAGAAGCCGAUUGGGGGACACAUCCUGGCACACGCCUCCACGACACGGAUCAGCCUGAGAAAGGGGCGGGGUGAGAUGCGCAUAGCCAAGAUUUACGACAGCCCCGACAUGCCUGAGAACGAAGCCACUUUCGCCAUCACUGCUGGGGGAGUGGCCGACGCAAAGGAGUGAGCCUGCGGGAGAGAGG